AUGAACGCCACCACCACCAGCAAAACUCUUCUCAUUCUCGCCGCGCUUGUGGCUAUUGCAUUCGCAGAAAAUUUGACGACGGCAGAUCCAACAAGUACUGUAUCGCCAGGUUCUACCGCAUCACCUGGCACGAGCGGUUCGACAACACCUGGUAGUUCGGACGCGACGACAAGUGGAACUUGCCAGGACGACCCGAACACCAAAUGCGACCAGUACAAGAAUUUGUGCAGCAACGCGAAAUAUCACGAUUUGCUUUCCAAACUGUGCCCAGUGACAUGCAACUUCUGCGGCUCAACAGAUGUUCCAUGCAUCGACAACUCGACAAAUUGCGCCAAUUGGGCGAAAAAUGGAUUCUGCACCAAUCCGUUCUACACACCGGAACAGCGCAAGUUGUACUGCGCCAAGACAUGCAAUCUUUGCUAA